AUUUCUUGUCGGACAGUGGAAACAAGAAUCAAAAUAAAAAUUCGCGUCGCCGAUUUCGAAUGAAACUGAAUUUUUCUCGAGUAAUCAAGUUGACUUGACCGUUAUAAGUCAAUCAAAUCAGCAAGAAUGAUCUUCGUUUGACGAUCUAGUAUUUAGAAUUCCCGAUUUUGCGAUCUUCUAAAAGCUCUCUUCCUCUCAAGAAUGAGUUCCGGCGACGAAAUGAGCAGUCCGCGGGAGGACGCGAAGGUGGACCAGGAGGAAAACCCUGCAGAUGACUCGGGUGAGGUGGAGGAAAGCAAUCCAGGCAAGUUCGACCCGCUGUCCAAGGAGGACCUUUCGGACGUGUCUGACCUGGAGAGUCACGACGGGCUGCAGGAGUCGAGCAGCAAGGCGUCGCCGCACAAGACUAUGCAGGACCAGUUGGAGACAGAACUGGACUUUGAGGCCGACGAAGAGCCGGCAAAGAGGAGCCACCCUGAGCAGAAGAGAUCCGGCCGCAACGGUGUUGAGAGACAGGCCGAGCGGAGGGCCAAGGAGGCCGCCAAGGACGAGGACAAUGACCUAGAGGAGGGCGAGUGCACCGACGGAGAGGACGCACGGCCUGAAGAGGAGAGCAAACCCGUCUGCCGCUUCUACAAUAGGGGACAGUGCACCUGGGGGGCCAAUUGCAGAUUCGUCCAUCCGGGAGUGACGGACAAAGGAAACUACACCAUGUUCGACAUGGUUCGGCCGUUGGUGCCGACGAAUGGCCCUCCUGGUGCCGACCCUUUCUUCGACAGACAAUUCCCUGGCUACGGUCCGUCCGACCCUGUCGAUGGGCCGCCCCUCGAGUCGGCCUGGGAGCGAGGACUGCGCCACGCGAAGGAGAUGAUGAAAAAGGCGACGAGGAGGAAAGAAACCGACCAGGACUUUGAGGAGAAGAAAAUGAACCUGGGACUGGGCCAGGAAGACUUGGACAAGGAAAAUGAUUUUUAUAUUCGGCAGGCCAGCCCAUUACACCGGUUCGAAGACGAGGAAAAAUACGGUCAUUCAUAUAGGAGGCCGAGCCGCGAGGACGAAUACUACGCGCAGGAGAGCUGGAAGCGAACCCAAGACACGUCGCGCCGGCAGAUAGAAAACCUCUACAAGGAGCGGCAGAACCGCGAGUUCCGAGAGUCGAUGCGAGGGAAGGGCGAACGCUCGGCCCGCCGCUCCAGAGACUCGUCCAGCUCUCCAGGCUCGCAUCACUCCAGGGGCCACCACUCUUCCAAAUACAAGGAAAAGCAAAGAAAACCGACGAAACAAAAGGCAGACGAGUGGUCCGACCCUUGGAUGAGACAGAAAUCGCCCACAAGGAAGGACGGAUGGAAACGAUCUCAUUCUUCUGAAUCAUCUUAUUCGUCGUCAAGCCGAUCCUCGUCCGGAAGCUCCAGUUCAUCCGACUCACACUACUCAAACCACGCACCAGCUCCGAAAAAGAGUGCCAGAGACCCAGCUUAUAAAUCUUCUAAAUAUGAGGCACCGGUUCCCACAAAGCCUAGGGAGCCCCGAGAGCCACCAAUGACAAAACGGCACCCUCCUGUCGACGAUGUGAUUAAAAAGGGAUUCAAAUCCGACCGAGGAAGGAAGCGUCACCACGAGAGGUCUAGUUCUGUGUCAGGGUCUUCGUCGGACUCAAACAGUUCGUACUCAUCCAGCAGCGAAGACGAGCGUCCUGCUAAAGUCCCAAGGCGAGCUGACACAGUAACGAAGACGAAGGCGAUGGAUGCUUUGAAAAUGUCAGGUCAGAAGCAGCAAAUCAGACUCACCCUAAAAGAGAAUGAACCUGGAGCCAAACCAGAAGUUGUGAGCAAAAAGAGAGCGGCCGAGGUUGCCCCUGUGGCGGCAGAGGCCAAGGUGGCGGUGAAGAAGUCCACGUCGCGCAGAGAGGAGCUGCUGAAGCAAUUGAAGGCCGUCGAAGACGCCAUUAAACGCAAGAAAUCGAAAGCCACUUGAAUCUAUCGGCUGCGAAAUCAGAGUUGUACGAUGCUUAUGUAUAAAAACGACUUUUUUACAGUAAUAUCUGAUUCUGCGAUUGUUCAUUGAAAAUGUCCGAUGUCAAUCACGAAUAAUAAAGCUAGAUAUACGCCUAUUAA